AUGGAAUUAAUUAAACCGAUUGAAGGCAAAGCGAAAGGCGUAACGUUUACGAUCUGGGACGUAGGUGGCGAGGAGAAAAUAAGGCCCCUGUGGCGCAGCUAUAUCCGGCACACGGACGCGAUUGUGUUCGUGAUUGAUUCGGUCGACCAGGAACGCUUUGAGGAAGCGAAGCUGGAACUGACCAAUUUGUUGCGGUGUCCAGACAUCCGGUCGACGGUGCCUAUCGUCGUCCUGUCCAACAAACAGGACUUGCCCGGUUCGAGGAAUGAGCGCGAGGUCACCGCUUCCCUCGGCCUUACUGACGCGCAUUCGUCCCACAAUUUUCAGUUCAUCGAAUGCUGCGCUGUCACCGGCGAAGGUCUUGAGAACUUUUUCGAUCUCCUCUACACUGCCAUUCUCAAUUGCCAAAAACAGCAAAAAACCAAACGAAGAAAUAAGCGGUGA